CGGCAUCUAACAAUCGUAAGAGAACACGCUAGCUAGCAAUAUUUACUGUCUAUAUAAUUUUAGUUAUAUAGUUAGCUAAUGUUGACCAUUUAGGUAGCGAGGUAGCUUAAUUUAAACCCGUGAUAAAUAUUUUAUUUUGACUAGCUUCUGUUUUUGUGUUCACUGACAAUACCACGACAUGCCUCCGAAAAAGAAAGGGGGCAAGAAGUCUGCAAAGAAAGGCAAGACGCCCACGGUUGUAGAUGGCCUUUCUACAGAGGAAAUGUCGAAGGAGCAGCUGGAGGAGCACAUUGUCCGCCUGCGGGAGGAGCUGGACAGGGAGCGGGAGGAGCGCAACUACUUCCAGUUGGAGAGGGACAAGAUCCACACUUUCUGGGAGAUCACCAAGAGGCAGUUGGAGGAGAAGAAAGCUGACCUCAGAAACAGAGACAGAGAAAUGGAGGAGUCUGAGGAGCGACAUCAAGUGGAAAUCAAGGUUUAUAAACAGAAGGUGAAGCACUUGCUGUAUGAGCACCAGAACAGUCUCUCGGAACAGAAGACGGAGGGGGUCGUUAACACCAAAUUGAUGCAGAAAGAGCACGCGGAGUUGGAGAACGAGUUACGUAAAGGCAUGCGCGGUCUUAGAGUGGAUAUCAAAGAGCAGGAGCUAUCUAACGAAAAUCUAGUUAAGAGUCUGAAGCUGAAACACGAUGAAGAAAUGACCAACAUGAGACAUGAUUUUGAAAGACAAGUGCGAGAAAUUGAGGAGAAGUAUAACAAGAAAAUGCAGGUGUUGCGGCAGGAUCUGGAUCUGAGGCGUAAAACAGAGAUCCACGAAAUCGAAGAGAGGAAGAACAGCCAGAUCAACACACUAAUGAACAAUCACGAAAAGGCCUUCAGCAACAUAAAGAACUACUACAACGACAUCACACUCAACAACCUGGCACUCAUCAACUCACUGAAAGAGCAGCUGGAGGAGAGGAAGAAGAAGGAGGACCGGCUGGAGAAGGAAAUGGCGGAGGUCCUGCAGCAGAAUAAGCGGCUGACCGAGCCCCUGCAGAAGGCCAGGGAGGAGGUGUCCGAACUGCAGAGGCAGAUGGCUAACUACAAGAAAGACAAGACCUCUCUGGCGGGGGCAAAAGCACGUUUGAAGGUAGCAGAGAAGGAGAUGAAAGAUUUGAAAUGGGAACAUGAAGUGCUGGAACAGAGAUUUCAGAAGGUUCAGGAUGAAAGGGACGAGCUGUAUGAGAAGUUCACGCAGGCCAUCCUGGAGGUACAACAGAAGAGUGGCUUCAAGAACCUGCUUCUGGAGAAGAAACUGAGUGCCCUGAAUGAAGUGCUGGAGAGGAAGGAGGUGCAGCUCCACGAGGUCAUCUCUGCCUCCAAUCUGGACCAUUCGGCCCUGAACGUGGUGACUCGCAAAGUGGAGGAUGUUUUGGAAUCCAAAAAUGUUGCCAUCAAAGAUUUACAGUAUGAGCUGGCUCGAGUUUGUAAGGCCCAUAAUGACUUGCUGUGGACAUAUGAGGAAAAGCUUAAAGCCAUGGGGAUCCCUGUGGAGGAACUGGGAUUCAAGCGCCUGGAGAGCAGCAUGCUUGGCCAAACUCUAGGCCAGGGGUCUGCAGGACUAGUGUCUGCUCCAACAUGAACUUCAUCACCCAUGAAUAUGUAAUAAUUCUCUGUAAAUCUGACUCUCAAGGUUUCAGUCAGACUGAAAAGAUGUAGUUGCUAAAAUCCUAAACUUGUUCUUCUUCUCCCUGAGUAUUUUAGUCGCUGUAUUUACCUGAAAACCGAUGAUAUGCUUUUCUACAUUUGAAAAUCUAAAUUAAUAAACCUGCUUACUGUCUUUCCCACAGAAUGAAGAGUUUGCUUCUCCAGAUAGAACAUACCCAAGCUCAUUUAGAAAAAAAUGUGUAAAUAUCAUAGUAAUGCAGGAGAUGAAAUGCAAGUGCUGAGCUUAACUGGAGACACAUCAUGGAAACAAAGUAUAAACCAAUGCCUUGCUAGCCAUGAAGUACUUACACAGUAACUCAUUGAAGGAUCAUCAGUAGCACAUUCCAGCAAGAGCAACCCGGGUGUUUAUUUAACUGUGAUUUGAGGAAAGUGUUCAUGUCAUGAAGUGAGCUGCAGUUGGAGUGAUGGAUUAACCAUAUGCUUUUUGUCCUGUUAUACAGUACUUGGUCUUCAUCACCCACUGAUUAAGAAGAUUAUAUAAAAGAUGUAAACAAUAAAAUGUUAAAAUGCUUGCAUUACACAGGGGAGAAGGUACUGUGGGAGAACUAACCAAUGACUAGUAAGAUGAUGAACCAUUAGCAAAGUGAAAACUACACAAUACAUGCUUAUGAAUGUUGUCUUUUCUGGUCCAGUGUGAAAACUUUCAAUUUACAUGAACAAGGAUCACAGGUGCACUGCAAGGGAGACAUCAUUAUUCAUUACAAUUAUAAAUUGUGGCCUUUUGUUUAUAAAACAAAGUAGACAUGUAUUAAUAGGGUUGAUAUUAUGACAGAAUCAUUAAAAAUAAAAGAGUC